GAGAGAGACAGAGAGAGCAAACGGGUAUAGUUGUCUGUGCGGAGAAAAAGCAAGUAUACGCGUGCAAAACAAAGAAUGAAGCAAAAUUUCAAAAGGAAAAGCAAAGGCCAAGCUGAAGCGGUUUUGGACCCUAUUAUAUUCCAACAGAAACUCAUUUGAAUGAACUGUGACAAUAACGUUAGGCAGGAUAAUAAUAUUACUACUGCUGAUUCUGUGUGUAAAUCCAAUUUGUGUUGCCGGGAACUUGAAUUAAUUGACACACGUUGGGUUGCUGACACUGUCUUGCCGACAGUGCGCUUAAAAAAGCGGAGAAGCGAUUAUCUUCAGCAAGCAUGAGGAUUGCCUUGGCCAGAUCACUUGCCGUGUUUUGCCUGUGCGCCUGUGCGUCUCUUCUGUAUGUUUGGACCGGACUGGUUGAAAUCGGGCACGGCAGGUCCAAGCGGGCUUUGGGCACGCCGGGGGCGGCAGUUCUAACUCGCCAGCCAGAUAAACAAUCUCCAAAAACUUUCCGAGCUCUCCUGGAGGGGCAUGUGGUGCACAAAGCACGCUUCAGUGCGCAUAAGAAUAUCAAUAAUCACACAGGCUAUGGGUCCGCUACCGGUAAUCUUAAAGUCGAGCAGACGAAUUUAAACACCCACAACAGCAACCACCAACAGGUACACACGGGACUACAUGGGCUGGUAGAAGACGGGGUGUUCUGGAGCGAUCGACUGGAGUCGCUGUUGCCGAGAGGGUUUAGUAAUGCCCACGCUCAGAGCUGGAAGAGCGAAACCCGGGCAUCCCAGAUUGUAUCCCUGGAGAAGGGCUGCGGUCGGACUUCGAACCGACUGGCUCGUUUCUCAAACGGCACCAAAGCUUGUGUCAGAUACGGAAUCAACCCAGACCAGGUGCAGGGGGAGACCCUUUCCUACUACCUAGCCAGCCUCUUGGGCAUCCCAAACCUGCCGCCGCUUGUCCUCUCCCAAGUAAACCCCAACAGCGAACAAUGGUCAAGAGUGAGGGGGGAGGUAAUGGACUCGCAGUGGUCUGAGAACGCUGUUGUGUCGCUUACAGAAUGGGUGUCAAACUUGACCGGCGUAGUCACCCCAGCGCCCCUUAGGCAUGAUGGCAGGAGGCUGCACCCGCUUCAGGAGGACUUGGAUAACAGGACGACAGGGGAAGUAUUGGAGCUGGUUCAAUGGACCGACCUUAUCUUGUUUGACUACCUGACGGCCAACUUUGACAGGCUGGUCAGCAAUGUGUUUAGUCUGCAGUGGGACUCCAGAGUGAUGGAGAGAGACACCAGCAACCUCCACAAGGUUCCCAGCGGCCGGCUGGUGUUUAUAGACAACGAGGCCGGGCUGGUCCACGGCUACCGGGUGCUCGAAAUGUGGCAGAAGUACCACGAAACGCUACUGAGCUCGGUGUGUCUCUUUAGGAAAAUAACUGCCAGCCGGAUCUUUGAUAUGCACCGGCUCCAAGAUGCAGCAGCCAGACUACUGAUUCUAUACCGGGACAGCGAACCGCUAGCACCAGAACUAGGGUUCUUGUCUGAGGACCAGGCUGGUAUUUUACAGAACCGUGUAAAUCAAUUGUACAAACAUAUAUUGAACUGCAAGGAAAAGUAUAGCCAGUUUUAAUAUAUUCAGGGUCUAACGUUGUUUUCACGAUAAGGAACUAAGCAGUUAUGAAUGUCUUUUAAAGACGGGGAAUCUGCAAAUGAAAAAAAAACAAAACAUUUUGAUGUAUGUACAGCGUUAACAGACAAAUAUUUAGUAUGUGUGUGGCUUUAUACUAAAGCUCCCCUUUUAACAAUUACCUACCUCUGUAACCGCGGGAUAGCUCCGUUUAUCUCUGGUUUAUUUAGUUUGAAAUUGGGGUCAAACGGAGCCGUGUUAAUAGCAUUCACUUUAAUUUAAUUUAUAUACCGACUAGAAAGAAAACAAAACAAAACAAAAAAAAAAAUUGAAAACGCUGCUCCGAUAGAAAUUUAUUUGACCAGAAAUGCUAAUAACGGCUUAUUUAUAUCCACAGCCCUCCUUAGGAGUGACGCGUAUUGUUACAAUGGUGUUAGAACAAAGCACCUCAAAACGGUUUCUUAGAUUGAGAACGUCUUCUGUGAAAUAGCUUUAUGUUAGAAUAGUACAAAGCAAUAGCUCUAACAACGCAGCCUUAAUAUCAAAACCUCGUUUUUUUGAGGAGAGAUUUAGAAUGAUGAAAAGUUGUCUAAAGGAGGUAUAUGUAGCUUUCACAGUCCUUCCAAUUAGAAAGGAUUAAUUUGUAGCCCACCAACGCCUUAAAUUAGACAUGAUUCAAGCGUCAGAAGCUUAAUGUACAGUUUUAAUGUAAAAGAGAUUUUUUUU